AUGGCUUCUACGAAUUUUGACGGUACAAGCGAAAGCUUUUUGCAAUGGUUCAAGUCUUUGCCUGGUGCUACAUUCUCCGACGCCAUUAAAAUUGUUGAUCUUCGUGAUCGCAAUGCUGGUCGUGGUAUAAGUAGGUCUCAUGCAUGCCUUCAAAGUCAAGCUAACAACACAGUCGCUCUCGAGGAUAUCCCUGCGGAAACAACUCUUUUUACCAUUCCGAGAAGAGGAAUCAUCAAUGUUGAGACCUCGGAGCUACCGAAAAAGAUUCCGGGUGCUUUUGACCUCGACAAACCUGAUGAUGACGACGCACCGGGGUUGGAUUCAUGGAGUUCGCUUAUCCUCAUCAUGAUUUACGAGUAUCUUCAAGGUGAAAACUCCAAGUGGAAGCCCUAUUUCGAUGUUCUUCCAACGUCAUUUGAUACGCCCAUGUUUUGGUCCGACAAUGAGCUUGACCAGCUUCAGGCCAGUCAUAUGCGACACAAGAUCGGCAAGGCGGAUGCUGAGAAUAUGUUCCAAAAGACGCUGCUCCCCAUUAUUCGAGGCAACUCUGAGAUAUUCAACGCCGGGAACAAGACUGAUGCGGAGCUUAUCGAGAUUGCCCAUCGAAUGGGCAGCACCAUCAUGGCGUAUGCUUUCGAACUUGAGAAUGACGAGGAGGAAGAGGAGGAGGCUGAUGGUUGGGUUGAGGAUCGAGAUGGAAAGUCGAUGAUGGGAAUGGUACCGAUGGCGGAUAUUCUGAAUGCCGAUGCCGAGUUCAACGCUCACGUCAACCACGAAGAGGAGAGUCUCACCGUGACCAGCUUGAGGCCCAUCAAGGCGGGCGAAGAGGUUCUCAACUACUAUGGCCCUCACCCGAACUCGGAGCUCCUAAGAAGAUACGGAUACGUUACCGAGAAGCACUCCCGUUAUGAUGUUGUCGAGAUUCCUUGGGACAUUGUUGAAUCAGCCCUGAGCUCCAACUUUGGCAUUCCUAGUCAAGUCUUGGAGCAGAUUCGCGGCGCUCUUGAAGAGGACGAAGAAUUUGAAGACACCUUCGUUUUGGAGCGAGAAACAGGCGAGGUCAACUCGGACGGCACCUUUGCUGAGUCCGCCCGAUUCGAAAGCAUGCCCGAAGACCUCCAAGAACAGCUCAAGACAUUCCUCAAAGGCAUCAAGAAAGCACAGCCCGAUGCUAUCCCCGACAAGCGAAAGAGAGACGAGAUCCACCAAGCUGUACUGGCCAAGACAUUGGAAGCUCUUGUAGCACGAUACCCGACAAGCAUUUCCGAAGACGAAGCUCUACUCAAACAAGACCUCGACCAACGAACUCGCAUGGCAAUUGCCGUUAGACUUGGAGAGAAGAAGCUACUUCAAGAAGCUAUUACUGCAUCUUCUGGAGACGUUGAGAUGACAAUGGACGACGAAUCUGGACCAGCCAAGCGUACAAAGCGUUGA